UCCAAAUUACUUCAACACGUUUCCAUUUUUUUAAGUACGUUUUGAGAAAUUGGCCUUCUAAAGGUUUUCGUGCUUCCUGAACUCUUCUCUAGAUCGAUCACACAGCAUAUACUGCAAAAAAAGAUGGGUUUGAAAGGCUUUGUUGAAGGUGGCAUUGCCUCCAUAGUCGCCGGUGCCUCCACCCACCCUCUAGAUCUAAUCAAGGUUCGCAUGCAACUCCACGGUGAAUCCCACCUUCCAAAUCCAUCCACUUUGCAAGCCUUUCGUCCUGCUUUUGCAUUAAGCUCUGCCUCUGCUGCUAACAUUUCACUACCAAAAACCUUAGAAGUCCCUCCUCCACCUCGUGUAGGACCUAUUUCCCUUGGCAUCCGUAUCAUCCAUUCUGAAGGCGUGGCCGCCCUUUUCUCCGGCGUUUCCGCCACUAUCCUCCGUCAAACUCUAUACUCCACCACCCGUAUGGGACUUUAUCAAGUCCUUAAACAAAAGUGGGCUGAACCUGACACAGGAAAUCUGCCUCUUUUACGCAAGAUAGUGGCUGGCCUAGUCGCCGGCGGUGUCGGAGCUGCAGUCGGGAACCCAGCUGACGUGGCUAUGGUCCGAAUGCAGGCAGAUGGACGUCUUCCAAUUGAACAACGUCGCAACUACAAGAGUGUGGUGGAUGCUCUUACUCAAAUGUCGAAGCAAGAAGGCAUCGGUAGCCUGUGGUGUGGCUCAGGUCUCACGGUGAACCGUGCAAUGAUUGUCACCGCAUCGCAGCUCGCAUCCUAUGAUCAGAUAAAGGAGAUGAUCUUAGAAAAGGGUGUGAUGAGCGAUGGAAUAGGGACCCAUGUGACGGCGAGCUUUGCCGCUGGGUUUGUGGCUGCUGUGGCUUCAAACCCUAUAGAUGUGAUAAAGACUAGGGUUAUGAACAUGAAGGUGGAAACAGGGGCCGAGCCACCAUACAAGGGUGCACUAGAUUGUGCAAUGAAGACUGUGAGGGCGGAAGGAGCUAUGGCAUUGUACAAGGGAUUUAUCCCUACAAUCUCAAGGCAAGGACCUUUCACGGUGGUGCUCUUUGUCACUCUAGAGCAGGUCAGAAAGCUUCUUAAGGAUCUCUGAUUCUUUAUAGCGAUGGCAAGAAAUAGAAGACGAGAAAGCUAUAGCAAUUGAUCCACAUUGGACUGCUAGAAAAUCGUAGCAAUGACCUUUUUCUACAAUUCCAAUUUGUUUGCUUUCAUUCACAAUCAUUUUCUUUGUAUUUUGAGUAAUAGAAAUUAAUGAAUAUACAAGAUGUUGGGGAAA